AUGGGUUCUGGUUGUAGUCAUUCCGCAUCGUGUGCCAAUAUUGUUGAUUCAACGGCACAUGCACCUCAAAAGCAUCCCAACUUGAAAACAACAAGCGGAUCCUCUUCUAUUCCUUCUCAGGCAGGCGAGAAAUUGAAUGAUCGUGAACAUCCAAAUGUUCACGGAGAAGGGACCAAGGGGAAUCAUUAUCAUCUCGCAACGUGGGACGAUACCAUUUCGGUGGGUAGUACAACAGGAUCUACGAUCAGUUCGAAACCGUCCGGUAUUGAGGUUCGGAAGGCUUACUCUUUCAAAAUUCCAGAACCAAGAUUAAGUUUUGUUGGGUUUAAUUAUUUGAAUACUUCAAGCAGUGUCACAAAGGAGCCAUUCAUGACCGAAUCAAAUUUAAUGAUGUAUUCAUCCUUCUUACCCCAACAUUUGUUUUACAACUUGAAAAGCAUCUAUUAUUCGAAUAUAUCCAAAGGAAUACAUUCCGAAAAAAUUCUUGAUGAGCAUCAUCAUUUGGAGGAUAUAUCUCCUCAGAGCAAUUUUUCGUACGAGACAUGUAUUUUAAUGUUGGAUGUGAGUGGGUUUACACCCCUGACGGAAACAUUGUCUAAAGAGCCGAACGGAGCUGAGCUGCUCACAAAGUAUAUGAAUAAUUAUUUCACUACAUUGAUAUCCUAUAUUUAUGAAUUUGGAGGUGAUGUCGAGAAAUUUUCAGGUGACGCUUUGAUUUGCCAAUUUUACUAUCCACGAAAGGAUCGAACCUUGACCGAUUGCUUGAUAGCAGCCGUUCAGUGUGCUCUAAAAAUUCAAGGCACUGAACAAUUACGAGUUUUCAAAAUUAAUAAUGACAUUUCUUUGCACAUUCAUUGUGGAAUAUCGAUUGGAAAAGUUGUGACCCAUCAUAUUGGAGGAGUGAGUGAUUACUGGCUUCGAAUUACGCAUGGACCUGCAUUGACAGAUAUGGCCAGUGCUCUCAAUAAUAGCCAAGUUGGCCAAGUUGUGUUAACAAAACAAGCAUAUGAACGAUGUAAACAAUUCAUUACAUGCCGUCAAGUGGAGGGCGUGAAUGAGGAGGUUUAUCUUGCCAUUUCAUCCAAGAGACAAGCGGCCUCAAAUCUGGCUCUUCCAAAGAUUAGUUUUCAUGCUUCAUUCGGCCGUGUGAUUCGAAAAUUCGUCUCUCCUCCCGUCCGUAAGAAAGUUGAGGCAGGUCAACACGAUUGGCUUAAUGAAAUUAAACCUCUCACGGUUGGAUUUUUAGGAGUGAGUGACACCAACACAUAUCCAACACCUAACGAUGAAAUGAAGGCCUAUCAAAUGCAAUUAGAAACCGUUCAAAAGAUUUUGGAUCAUUAUGAAGGAUUUAUUGCUAACAUGGUUGCCGAUGAAAAGGGUACCAUUCUUGUAUUCGUUUUUGGUUAUCCAUUAACACAUACUUCAGAUCCCAUACGUGCUGUUAAAGCAGGUACCGAGCUCACUGCCAAACUAAAGGAAAGUGGGAUGAAGUACGGCCUUGGAAUUGCAACAGGAAAGUGUUUUAUUGGAUGUGUCGGUUGCAGCCAGAGACAGGAAUUUACUUGUUAUGGUGACAAGGUUAAUCUAGCUGCAAGACUAAUGAAAGAAUCUGAAAAGCGUGACGGAUGCAUCAUUUGUGACGAGGAAACCUCUUUGUUGUUGAAAGGAAUUCCUGUUGAGCCUCUUGAACCUAUCAAGGUAAAGGGUAAAUCAGAGCCAAUCAAAGUCUCUCAAGUGAUUGAUGCAUCUAUUCAGACUCAAUAUAUGUAUUUCAACUCCUUCAGGAAUAAGACAGCUGAUAGUGGAACAAGCGGCAAGGCAAUGAAUAACUUACAGGAAGGAGAAGAACAAUCAUCAUCAUAUGUAGACCAAUCUACUUCCUCGAACAAUACUACAAAUAUGAAGCAAACAAAAGAACUAGAAACACACAAAGCAGUGCUGACCUGUGAGGGUCAAAAAAAUAACGCAUUUACAGAUGCCUCUCUGAGCGCUCUCCGUGCUCCCAUUGGUCGAGAAGAUUUGUUUGAAAAAAUUUGUUCCUUGGUUUCCAACAAACUGCAAGAGUUUGAGAAUGGUCACACGAGAACAAGAUCAAAUGUUGUCCUUAUUAAGGGUGAUGUUGGUUUAGGUAAAACAGAUCUGUUCACUCGACUUGCCAAAGAGUGGAGAGACAAAAUUGCCUGUGUCUACAACUCUGCCAUUGAAUUUGAAACACCAUUUUAUUUAUUCCAAAAUAAUGUCAAGAUUAGUGUUGCGGAGAGAGUUUGUAAAAAGAAUGGACUGGAAAUGAGGUACGAUAACAUUGAUGCCAUAUAUUCCUCCAUUACACGUGAACAAAAAGAAGAGUUGCUACUGUCAACAUUUACUUCUGACAGUGACCGAAAGCAUUUGUUUUUAAUUAAUGAUGUUUUUGGUGUUCACUUUGAAGAUUUAUCGAAUGAGGGAGAAAAAUUAGAAUCUUCACAACGUGUGAACCUUGCAGCCAGCUUGGUUGCCAGGUUUUUAUCUCACUCAUGGCUAGAAAUGAAAUAUGAAAAUCAACCAUGGUUUUUGAUGUAUGAUGGAUUUCAAUUUGUGGAUCCUUACUCUAGAUCAAUAUUGAGAAAAGUAUUAGAACUUCCUCCUGCCAUGAAUAAUUGUGUAUUACUGAUCACCUCGAGGCCCAUUAACGAGAACGAUGACGAUAUCAUCCAAGCUAAAGAAAAGAAACAAGAGCUGGAAUUUUGGUCUUCAGUAGCUGAUAUGGUCAUUAAUUUACAACCAUUCACGAGAAAAGACACCGAGACUUUAUUAAGAAAAUAUGCCAAUGUUGAGAGUGUGGAUUCGACUGCUUUGAAUAUUAUUUUCGAAAAAACGGAUGGUAAUCAGAUAUUUGUGACGAUGGGAGCACAUUUCUUGCAUGAUCAGCACAAACUCUAUGUCGAGGAUGGUGUUUUAAAAGUGAGAACAACAUCGCUUGAUGGUUUAGAAAUACCUGCUUCCAUGGCAUCAUUAUGGCACCAUAGAAUUGAUCGUCUUGAUGCUGAUACGCAACUUGUAUUGAAAGUAGCCUCUGCGUGUGGCAUGAAAUUUAAUGUUGAGACAUUAUGUGCCAUCUUUCCAGAGUCAUCACUCAAACAAGAGCAAUCUAGGAUUGUUCAAAUACUCAAUGAUUUGGUUACGCAAUACAAAAUAUUAGAGUUGAUCGAUGAAACAAAAGAGAAGAGCUUUUUGUGCUCUUCAUCCUCUGAGAAAGCAAGUUUUUACAAGUUCAAAUCAUCCAUGAUCAUUGAUAUUUUGAACUCUGUUAUUCCCGCCCAACAAAAACGAGAAUUGCACCUUGCCAUUAUCAAAUAUUACACUAGUAUUAUUUCAUCCAUAUGUUCCAAACAGAGAAAUCGAGAAAAAUCGACUUGGUACAUUUCGGAGAUUGCAUCUCAUUACGGUGCAUGUUUCGACAAGGUCUAUUUGGAAGAAAUUUUAUCUGGGGAUCAAGUGAAUCGUGGUGACGCUAUUUAUCAUGUAGCUUGUGCAAUACUGUUUAUUUCUAAAGGUUUGCAUCUUCUCGGUAAUCAUGGUGCAGAAAUUGUACAGGCCAAACAUCUAUUCACCUCUCUCAUUUGUAUUCUCGAGCUUACUCUUGCCACAUGGUAUGGAGAAAGAAAGGGACCAGAUCAUGUGAAUUAUAGGGAUUACUUGGAUAAUUGGAACAACACAGCAGCUAAUUUUACCGUCCUUGAUACCGUCCUUAAGGGUAUUGAAGCCAUUAAUGAUAGAUUUGAGAGAGACAAGUACGAACUUGGUAUCACUACUUCAUCAAACAAUAAGAUGAAAAAGAAAGAGUUAGCAAGCUUUAGAAACAAAACUGCAUCUCAAACAAUUGUUGGCAUGUCAAGAAUGAGUUGCAAAGAAUUUCUUUCAAAGGUUUGCCUUAAAUAUGCAUAUUUCUUACAAGCUCUCUCAGAUAAUAAUUUGAUGGCCACGUCAAACAACUCUCUCCAGAAUGCCCUCAAAUAUUGCCCAAAGAAAAACAGAGAGCUCUAUUUUGACAUUUACUGUGAAAUAUGGUAUCACAACUUUUAUUAUGAUUUAACAGAGGAAGCUCUCGUGACAAGUUCAGAAUUACUAAAUCUUGCAAAUGACAUUGGUGCGCCGUAUAUGCAAAUGUAUGCCUAUAUAGCCUGCAUGAUGUCUCAUCAAACAAAAGGAAACUUUUCGAAAGUGGCCUUUUUCGCUGACGAGGUUAUUAAUCAAUACUUGUCAGAUCCAGAGAAAUAUCACAAGUUGAGUAUUCAUAAUUUUAGAAAAAGAGAUGCCCUCCUAUUGUCAUGCACCUUUGCUGUGCGAUCUUUGUGGUGUAUGGGUCGAUACGAAAAGGCUCAAUAUUAUUUCAAUUUGGGCACAGAGCAUUCCAAAACGCGACUUCAUCUACCUUCGUUUAUCUUUUUCUACACAUUCACUUGUUAUUACUUGCUAUUGAGUAGACAAAUUGAUGAGUUGGAGAAAAGGGCACAACAAGGACUGCAAGUCAUGACCAUUUUUUCGAAUAAUGCGACUCUUCCAAUGCAGGAGCUUGCUAGCAAAUUUUAUGCUCAAUACGUGAGUUUUGUGAAAAGAAAUGUCUCGAAUGCGGAACAGUGUUUGACAAAUUUGCGUGAGCUCAGAGAGACGAUAUGUUAUAUGGAAUCGCUAUUUGAGUCCAUGCAACUCUAUAGCUCUCCCAAUCUCAUUUUCAAUUACGCCAUUCUGGAGUGUUGGUUGCAAUAUUUUGGAGUGGUCUUGUUGUUGUGCAAAAAGAGAGAGGAGAGAACGGAAGAGCAAGACAUGCUACUUUCCAAUCAUACCAUUGAGGCUGAUUUUGAAAGAUUUGAGAACAUGAUGAGUCAAUCCAUCAAAUCAAAGCAAGAAAAUUUAAUUGGGGAAUUGUUGCGACUGGAUGCCGAAUAUCAAGUGCUGAGAUGCAGAUUUUCUUCAUUCCAAAACAUUUCAGAGUGUUACCAUCGAAUUGAGAAAAUUUACAACGAUGCCAUUGCUUAUGCAAGUGCUCAAUUUGCACACGGAGUCAAGUUUAGAAUUUAUUUGUCUCGUCUCAAAAUGUACAAAUUAUUCAAGAAUGAGAAGGUUGAAAUUGAGUCAUUUUCCGAUGAUCCUCUUCAGACAAAUUCCUUCGUCACAUCCACCAAAGAAUUUUCAUCACAUGAAGCAGGAGCUACACAAUCCAUCACACCUCAAGGGGACCGUGAGGCCUCGACUACAACCACGUCGAUACAUGAUGAUUGGUCUCAAAAAAUUGAAUACACCAAACAUGAGCUCGAUCAUUUACUGGAGCAUCAUAUUGAACACCAACAUUCUGGUAAUCACGAUGUGGAGCAAUAUCGUGCCUUACUCGUUGACGAUGAUGGUUACACCUCUCCUCAUCACUCACAACAACUGUAA